AUGCAAAAUCCCAUUGAAUUCUUUAACGACACACAGUUUUUUGAAAGGUUUCGAUUUCCUAAAUGCAUUGUUUUAGACAUUUUAUUGCCAAUAGUGUUAAAAAAUAUAAAACCAGUAAUCGAUUUAAGAGGACUACCUAUAAGUCCAAUUAUGAAACUUUUGACUGCACUAAGAUUUUACGCUUCAGGAUGUUAUCAGAGAGUGAAUGGUGAUAUGUAUGGAAUAAGCCAACCUACUAUAAGUCGCAUAGUAAAAGAAAUAUCAACUGCACUGUGUCAUUCACUACAAACCUGGGUUAAGUUUCCCAGCAUUGAAAGUAUUACAGAAAUAAAAAAUCAAUUUUAUCAAAUAGCCCAAUUUCCUGGAGUUACAAUGGUCAUGGAUUGUACACAUAUACAAAUUAGCAGUCCAGGAGGUGAAAAAUCAGAGUUUUAUCGAAAUAGAAAAGGCUGGAUGUCCUUAAAUGUCCAACUUAUUGCAGGACCAAAGUUGCAAAUUUUUGAUGUUGUUGCUAGGUGGCCAGGAUCAGCUCAUGAUUCUAGAAUAUUUGAAAAUAGUCUACUAAUGGUAAAUGUUUGGCUGAUGGUGGUUAUGCUCAAACAAGGUUUGUCUAUACUCCACAUCCGAAUCCUCAAACAGCAGCACAAAAAAAAUAUCAAAAAUCUCAUAUUAAAACCAGGAAUGUAA